AUGUCGAAACCGAGGAAAGAGGCUCGACGCAUCAGACGACAGAAGCCGACGGAUCCCAUGUGGAUCAACAAGAUCGUUGAGCGGCUAACGUGCGUCUUCUCCUCCAUUUCGCACUUUGUUACGAUGAUCGGGCUCUCCAGCUUCUCGAUUGCCAAUAGUCAACAGAGCCAUUUAUUAGACGCGAAACUGAACAAUGAACAGACAAUCGUCUGUCGAUUGAUUCUUGAUUUGUUUUGUUUGCAUCGGUAACGCGUUACACUAGAGGAACUUCCAAGGAUCCUUUUUUAAUCAUUCUCUUCGCAAGUCCAAUGAUCAAGGCUUGAAGAAUUUUCUAACAUUUGAGACAAGAGUGAAUGAGUUCGGUACGUUUGAAAAUCAGAAAAUUUCCAGUUUCGAACACGCCUAUGUAAACCGAAGAGCUCUGGGAUUCAAGCCUUCACGCCUCUACGAGGACACUUCCGUGGCUCCAGAUUACGUCUACAAGGUCUGAUUGAGUGGCACCUGGAGUGUUUUAAGGAGCAGAAACAGAUAUCUAACGGUAGCGAAGAGCUUUGUAAGUUGUAAUUUAGUUAAAAUCUGAAUUUUUUUUUAUGGAAUUCAAAGAGUGAUUCAGAAGCUGAGUGUUGAAGUUAGAAAACUAGAAAACUCUAGAAAGAGGCGUCGAAAAACCCAAUAUUUUUGUUUUCAUUCGAGCAUUUGAGAUGCUCCUCGCCUGGCCAAGUUGGUCUAAAAUUCUUAUUUUUCCAAUCCAAGGUCAUUUUCGAAACCUGGAACGCCGGAGAACAAGAAGGAUGGGUCGAAGAGGAAGUGGUCAAGACCGACAGCGCACUUUUCUCCAGGUUUCAAGAGGUUGAACAGUAGCAAAUCGUUUUUCAAAAAAUCAAGAAACUGCAGGAAAGCGGCGGCUACCUACAGGUGGACAAAGAUAGGUCAAUCAUCAAUUUCAAAUGGUCGGACGAGGAUAUGGAGGAGUCCGACCUCACGGAUGACCCCAUCUCUUCCGAUGAAACCUUCGAUGAUUCUUUCAUGGCCGACCAUGGAGGUUUCUUUUUUGGUUGGUAUAAUCUAUAAGGAAAGAAUAGCUACAGAAUGGAGCGAACCUUCUUGAAUUUGAAGCCUAAAUUUCCUAGGGCUAUCUUCUCAGAAACGAAGUUUAGAUGAUGCUGUGAAACAUCCGAAACCCGACACCAACAAGCGGCUCAAAACUAGGCCUGAAGAUCGACGACGCAGUAGCAAAAUCGCGAUUCGUCCGAUAUUCAGUUCUGAAGAGGAAGAUAGCAGCGAGAGCAACGAAAAUUCGCCGAUUCGCACAUGA